CCCGCUCAACCGAAAAUUAUGCAGUAUUGUUUCCUAAACAAACUCGUUAAAUCAAGAGAAAAUGAACGCGAACAUAUUGGAGGUUCAACAUUUACCGAUUUCGUAAGUUAGCUACGCUUUUAUACACGAAUGAUGCACACAACAUAUGAUGAGAAAUUGGCUUGUAAACUUUGGCGCGAGUUUUCUGCUUGAAGCGCAGCAGUGUGCAUUUUGCAGCCAUGUGCUCCUAUAAGAUUACUCUAUCGGCGCUGAAAGUCAGCUUGCAGACUUUAAGGAGGAUAGUACAAACAAUGAGGGCGGAGACGUGAGGAAUCUCCACCCUGUGGGGUUGCCAUGGCAAGCGGCGCGGUUGGGAUCGCUUGUGGUCAAAGAGGAUGGAGGCAGGCGCGGCACGGGCUCGAACGAAGAUAAGGCAUCGCCACUCUUCUGCAUUCACUGAUCUGACCCCCCUCAGCAACUUCUUCGCUCAAAAGAAAGCAAAAAAAUGGCGGAUAAUGACAACACAUCACCCGUGAAGCCUUUUGUCGGUCAGAUCAAAGGUGGGUUGAAGCCAUCGAUGAAGAUGACCAUUAUGGGGAUAGUUCAUUCAAAGCCUGACAGAUUUGUGCUAACUCUCAUCAGCAACCCUUUGGAACCAGAGACGGACAUCGGCCUCGAAGUGACUGUUAGCUUCCGGGAACGCUCAGUUGUUCGAAAUGCCAAAGUUUCAGGCAAAUGGGGAAAAGAAGAGAAAAAUAUACCUUAUUUCCCUUUCACACCUAUGCAACACUUCAAGAUGGAAAUCCUAUGUGAACACCAGCAAUUCCGUGUGCAAGUCGACGGACAGCAACUGUUUGACUUCACGUAUCGCUUCCAGCAACUACAAAAAUUAACUGCAUUAAAAAUUACAGGUGACCUUCGACUGACAAAAGUAGUUUAAUCCUUGUACUAAGUUUCUCGAAAAAAAGUUACAAUUUAAGGCGAUGGUUUACCCAGUAAGAAUUGUUUUAAAGAAUUGUUUUAAAGUCUGCACUUUCUUCAGUCCUGCAACAUUUGCCUUCUGAGCAGCGAGCAUUAUGUCUGGCGGGCAGUAAAAAAAAAUAGUAAAACCAUUUAGAAUUUGUUUGACUUGAGUUUUUCAAAUAUUUGAUUUGACUUUAAAAGCAAGCCAGCAUCUUGAACUGUUAAGAACCAACUUUUUUUAAUUAAAUAUUAAUUAUGUUCCAAAGUC